CCUUGGUUGGAAGAUGAUUUCAGCACAUUCUUCUGUGGAUUUUGCUGCUCCAGGAAUUGCCCUGUGGCGUUAUUUGGAUAUAUUUUGGAGUGAUCAUGUCAUGAGGUUGAGAGCUUACUGAGAUUCGCCUUUUUUUAAAACAACUUUGGGGGCCCCUGCCACCACAUCAGACUAGCGCCGGACCGGGACUCCGACCGGCUUCUUCCGCGGGCACAGCUCGAGCUUCAGCUCUGGCCCCGCCGAGGCCCCGGACCCCCCCUGCCCUGUCUUCCCUGCCCUCCUCUGCCGCUGUCAUGGUGGACCCCAAAUACGCCGACCUCCCCGGCAUUGCCAGAAAUGAACCAGAUGUUUAUGAGACCAGCGACCUUCCUGAGGACGACCAAGCAGAAUUUGAUUCGGAGCUGGAGGAGCUAACAAGUACAAGUGUGGAGCACAUCACUGUCAACCCAAAUGCUGCCUAUGACAAGUUCAAAGACAAAAGAGUGGGGACCAAGGGACUUGACUUUUCGGAUCGUAUUGGGAAAACCAGAAGGACAGGAUAUGAAUCUGGAGAGUUUGAAAUGCUUGGAGAGGGACUGGGGCUGAAGGAAACACCCCAACAGAAGUACCAAAGACUGUUGCAUGAGGUUCAAGAAUUAAUGACUGAGGUGGAGAAGAUAAAGACAACAGUGAAGGAGUCAGCCGCUGAGGAGAAGCUGACCCCCGUGAUGUUGGCCAAACAGCUGGCCGUCCUGAAACAGCAGCUCGUCGCCUCCCACCUAGAGAAGCUGCUGGGACCUGUUGCUGCCAUCAACCUCACUGACCCUGACGGAGCCCUGGCCAACCGUCUACUAGUGCAACUGGAGGCAGCUAAGAGCAGCAAAGGGAUUGGGACAGGGGGCAAGGACAGUGCUGGGCCCUCCCCUGACAGCAGCCUGGUUACUUAUGAGCUUCACUCUCAGCCUGAGCAAGACAAGUUCUCCCAGGCCGCCAAGGUUGCAGAGCUUGAGAAACGGCUGUCAGAGCUGGAGGCAACAGUGCGCUGUGACCAGGACCCUCAGAAUCCCUUGUCUUCGGACCUGCAGGGAUCCUGCCUGAUGGAAACAGUGGAGCUGCUGCAGGCAAAGGUGAGCACCCUGGACCUUGCUGCUUUGGAUCAGGUAGAAGCACGCCUACAGAGUGUCCUGGGGAAAGUGAAUGAGAUUGCUAAACACAAAGCUGCUGUGGAGGAUGCAGACACACAAAGCAAGGUACAUCAGUUGUAAGAGACAGUUCAGUGCUGGAGUCCCAUUGCUGCUACGCUUCCGGAACUAGUACAGUGACUUGUUACCAUCAAGCAGCUGCAUGAGCAAGAUAUGCAGUUUGGUCAGCUCCUGACACAUCUGGACACCACCCAACAGAUGAUCGCUGGUUCUCUCAAGGACAACGCUGCCUUACUGGCUCAGGUGCAGGCUACCAUGCAUGAGAACCUGGUCACAGUGGAGGGAAACUUUGCCAGCAUCAACACACGAAUGAAGAAACUAGGAAAGUGAGCAGAAGUGGAGGGGCAGUCUCUGACCCAUUUGUAUAUAUCCUGUACUUAUCAGCUUGAGUAUGGCUGUGUUCCUUCUUUCCUUCAUUAUAAGAAUCCCAGGUCCCCGCCCUCACCUCCAAGGAGAGGACCUCCUGCAUGUGCAGUGUAUCUCCCUUCCAUACAUUCAACAGUGGUGGUCAAGGGGAAGCAUCUCCUGUUAGCCCCUGGAGACGGGGAAGGGGGGGGGGUGGCAUGGAAACGGCCAUUCUCCUAACCCAUGUAUAACACUGCUUUCCUGUGAUGUGGUGGGAGUAGGGGUACACAGAUGCUCUGUGACUAACUGUACAACUUUCUGAUCAUUAAAUGCUGUUGUGCUGUAAAAAAAAAACAAAAACAAAAACAAAAAAAACAACUUGGGGGGGUGGGGCAUGAGGGUUAAGUGACUUGCUCAAGGUCACACAGCUAGUAAGUGUCAAGUGUCUGAGGCUGGAUUUGAACUCAGGUCCUCCUGAAUCCAAGACCAGUGCUUUAUCCACUGUGCCACCUAGCUGCCCCCCUUUUAAAACAAUUUUAACCCAUUGGUUCUGGUUUUGCCAUCCAAGACCAAGCAGAACAAGUCUAAUCACUCUUCCCUGUGACAACUUUUCAGAUAACUAAAGAUAGUAUCAUCUCCCCUGAAUCUUUUCUAGUCAAAAUUCCCAGUUUCCUUCAGCUGAUCCUUAUAUGGCACAGACUUUCACCAUCCUGCUUGCCUUCCUCUGGUACUUUUAGUGUAUCAAUAGUCCUUAAACUGUGGUGCCCAAAACUCUAGAUGAUUCCUGAGAAGGGCAGAGUACAGAAAGACUUUUACCUCCUGAUUCCUGGAACCUUUUAAAGCAUCUCAGAAUUGCAUUUGCUUCUUUGGCUGACACAUUACUCUGCUCGUUCAUAUAGUUGCUCGUCCACUAUAAGGCUUUGAUCUGUCUCAGACAAACUACUAUCUAAACCAUGAAUCUCUCAUCCUGUAUUUUUGAUGUUGAUAUUUUGUACUCUAAUGGAAGACCUUGUAUUUCUCUCUAUUGCAUUUCGUCUUUUUUUUUUUUUUUGGUGAGGCAAUUGGGGUUA